AUGCCUCCAACCACUCGUUCCCAGAGCCAACAGGAGCCCUACUCUGGCCAUGACUCUGACCAGGACUCCGACGGCAGUGACGACGACGAUGGCCGAGACACUGCGAUGGUGGUCCGCUCGCCAAUUACGGAUAUCAGCUACGACAUCUCGAACCUUGAUAAUGAGACCCAGGAUGGGGUGAGGCAACUCUUUGGACCGAAUCCAUUCGAGGGAUCAUCGCAGCUCGUCCUACAGGGGUGCCGGUCUUUUGUUGACGGCGACAGCCAUUUCUACGCUUUUGAGAUGCACGAAACCGUGCGCAGGCCAAUCCGUGUGGGGUCUCCCAAGAAUCAGUACCGCAAGCCAAAGUGUUUCUGCAUGGGGGACAGUGAGAAACCUUGCAAGCAUUUGAUCUAUUUGCUUGAUCAGGUCAACUUUCACACAGCCGAUCAUCAGUCUGGACCGCCAGAGCACCUUGGGCCAGAUGGAUAUGCAAGCGAGAUGGGCCACCCGUUCGAGAGGAUAUCGGAAUUCCACCUUGACCAGCUAGCCAGCAGCUUACACUGUGACCUUAAAUCUCCAGACUUCAAGUCAGAGACCAAUCCAGCGCACUUGCAAGAUGUGCGUGAGAUUCUGGCGUCUGUUGCGGAACCCGAUCUUGACGAUUAUGCCUUCGAGCGCUUCCGCCCUGAUAUUUUCGACAACCCACAGGCCAUCCCUGGCGAGGACGAGGUUAUCUCUUAUGGGGAUCUUACCCAUACUGUCGCAAAUAUGCUCCUUGACAAUAAGGAAUUCUUUGCUUACUUCCUGAGACUUCUCGAGCCAAGCUCAAGAGCACGCGACCCCUUCAGAAAGAUCCAGCAACGCGUUGACCGAGUACUGGGCGACCUGGCGGCCUUUUCUCGAGAUACUGGCCGAAAUUCAACGGCCACGAGCGCCUUGGAGGGCCAUAAAGAUGUUCCUUGGGCCGCUGCGCAUGUCGAGAGGGCCGUGUCCACGAUCCAGUCUCUGUUGCAAAACAGGUCCGACGCACCAUCAGCUCCCACAGAGCGAGCUAGCGCAGCUCGAGCACUGGUGCGGAUCCUGUUCAUCAUUGUGUUCGACUGGAACCGCGAAAUCAUCCAUCUUCCGGCCACAACUACCUCAACAAGCAGCAGCGGCUCAUCCCCAAACCCUGCACAGACAACAACAGCACCAUCCCGGAACGAGACCAAUCUGUACCACAGACUCAUUGGAGGACGGACUCAUGGACCCUCUGCCUUUGUGAUUGACGUACUCGCCCAGCUGCCCGAGCAGAAUCAGUGGAUUGAGACGCUCGAGGAGAUCGAUGAUAGGCUGAGCACGUACGCCCCGCCUGCAGGGUACGUGAGUCGACUGAGGGACGUCAUCUUGUCCAUGAGGAGUAGUCGACCAGCUCCAGCCCCGGAAGCCCACAUGUCCGGCCCAAGUCGAAGGGGCGGUGGCAAUGCGGCGGGCAGCAAGAGGAGCAGGGGUGGCGGGAACGGGAGAGAGGGCGGAGCCAAGAGAGUGAAGUGA